UAACCGACUAGCCUUUGCGGCAGUAGCUAGCCAGCUAGUUACUUUUUAAUCAGGAGAAAGGUUAUCGCUUCUAGUCUGUCUUCACGCCGCGGAGUUGUUUUGUUGAAAGACAAGCGCUUUUCACAGUGUCCAGUCCACGAUGAAUCCCGAAUAUGACUAUUUAUUCAAGCUGCUCUUGAUUGGUGACUCUGGUGUUGGAAAGUCUUGCCUUCUUCUCAGAUUUGCAGAUGACACAUACACAGAAAGCUACAUUAGCACUAUCGGUGUGGACUUUAAAAUAAGAACUAUAGAAUUAGACGGAAAGACCAUCAAACUUCAGAUCUGGGAUACAGCAGGGCAGGAGAGGUUUCGCACAAUCACAUCCAGCUACUACAGAGGAGCACAUGGAAUUAUCGUAGUCUAUGAUGUUACAGAUCAGGAAUCUUUCAAUAAUGUAAAACAAUGGCUACAGGAGAUUGAUCGCUAUGCCAGUGAAAAUGUUAACAAGUUAUUGGUUGGCAACAAGUGUGACUUAACAACAAAAAAAGUGGUGGACUACACAACGGCAAAGGAAUUUGCAGAUUCCCUCGGCAUUCCUUUCUUGGAAACUAGCGCUAAGAACGCCACAAAUGUGGAGCAGGCCUUCAUGACCAUGGCUGCCGAGAUCAAGAAGAGAAUGGGCCCUGGAGCCACAGCCGGUGGCUCUGAAAAAACCAUGAAGAUCGAAAGCACUCCAGUGAAGCCUGCGUCUGGAGGCUGCUGUUGAGACCUCAUCUGCCCCGGACACCCCCAUCACCUCGACCCCUGGAUCUCAGAGCUACAGCCCCCAAAAUAGGAGAAGGAAAGGGGAAUAGAUCAUUUGUAAUGGAGCAAAGAAUGAUUAUGGAGGAUAGAAAGGUAAAAGAGAGCGUGAAACAGGCAACAGUUUAAGUUACUUAAGUUGUACUGUAUGUAGCCGCACUACCAAAAAAAAAAAAUGGUCAAAAAUGCCCCCGCCCCACUGAAAAAAUAGUUCACAAACUGAAGAGAGGUCCAAAAUUUGGUAACUCUGUUCCAUUAACCCCUGCUGUUUGUCAGGGGCUGCUUUUAAGGAUGGAUUUCAUUGUCACUCAACGAUUUUAAGUCCUCUGUGUGCAGGUUUCUAAGAAUAAUGUGUGUAUUUAUCUCACUGCAUUCCUACUGCAGGGCUGGUCUGUGGUCAAAAUUCAAUGACGUUUUCUUUUUCUGUCCUUUUCUUACUUUAUUCCUACUUGUCGAUUUAUUUUCCUGUUUAUAUUUGCAUGUGUAGGUUUCUGUCCCCGCGGAUUGACUGUUGCAGUUCAUCCAAGCAGCAGUGUUUUCUCAGUCCGACAUCUGUUUAGUGAAAUAUAUGUACAUAUACAUUAAGUAUGUAUAUGCGAGAUUGGAAUUGAGGGCUCUGUAGAGUUAAAUACACGAUUGGAAUAGUUUUACCUUCUUUUGCAUUUACGUUUUGGCUGCAGACUCUUGUAGUUUUGUUGCGCGAUGUGUAACAGUUAAACGAAAUCUAAAUAAAUAUUGUACGAGCGUACCGUACGAUAGCAGUAUGUCUGCAAUUCUUGGUGGGACAUGUAGAAAACCCUUUGUGUUUUAUUUAUUCAACAUUUAUAUGCAAAUAUAUAUUGUUCCAUUAAUCUGCAAUCUUUUGGCUAUUUACCUGCGGAGUACAUCAAAACAAAAGCAACAGUUUCACAAUGGCAUAUGUGACUCAAACACUAUGUUCUCUUUUUCAUAAUAAAGGCAAAUGAAUUCAUUUUUUUAAAUGAA